UGCUUUCUGUUUCUAUUGCUGUAAGAGGGUCUGUCUGGUGUUUCUUCCUUUUCAAACUUAAACAAUAGCUAUAUAUUUUGAAGAUAAUUUGAUACAGCGUCUCACAGUUUCAAAUGUAUUUACUUGAACAGAUGACUACCAAAGUGACAAAUAAAAAAGCUUGUACAGGUGCACAGUUCUCACUGGGAGUGUGUUUGAAUUAAACCGCAAAACAAGAAUAAUCACCAAGCAAGGCUGAAUGUGCUGUGACAAGAACAACCUGUUGACUGGUGAGUCUUUAUCUUUCCCUCUUUCAUUAUUGAACUCCUUAAACUACAGACUUAAACUAAGACUAAGGUUUGCUAAGCAAACAUGGUUUCUUAGUUUCAUAUGUCUGCUUGUAAAUAGGAAGGGAGAGGAUCCUAUUUGAGGGUCAUGAUGUCAGAGUGAGUGCAGUUCCGAAAGUAAAAGAAUCAAAAACACAUAUUGUCUUUUACUGUAUUGGUAAACCCUCAUGUCAAGUCUAGUUGAAUGUUUUUUUUUACAAAAUAGCACAGGAUAAGGUAGCACAAAGCAGAACAGCAAGUGUAGAGAUGAAAGGUCACUUUAAAGUUUAAAGCAUCUCACCCACCAUUGUAAAAAGACCAUAAACUUGUGUUCUACUGAGAACAAAACUUAACUAUUAACUUAGACAUAAAACUGAGGAGUUGGGUAUGUAGUGAAAGAGUGAGCGUUGGGAACAUUUCCUUAUUGGAAGGAGGAGGUUUACAUCCCAGUUAAUGGGUUCAUGAGUGGUUGUCUUUCAUGUACAGGGUGAAAGCAAAUGAAUAAAUAAUAGAAAAGUGGCUAUUUUCCCCCAUUAUGGACAAAAGCAGACUAGGUACAUUUGAAGCUAGUCUGACUAAAUUAGGAAGAAGAUUUUCGGUUGGUUCACUUUUGCUGAUGUGUAACAGGAUGUGGUUUACAGUUCUGGGCUGACAUAUACUUUGUGCAGUUGUUGCAUUUGCUAUGUUCUCAUACUUCCUGUUCACAAAACAGGUUGUUAAUAAGUCAAACAAGAUUGAUAUGACUUAAAAUAAUAAGUUCUCUCUUUUUUGCAGGACCAAAAAUGCUGUCUGGAUCGGUACGUGUCGUCCUGUUCUCGAUUCUUGGUCUAGGAGGAUUUCUGAUGCUGUUUUUAAUGUACUUUAAAUCAGUUCCAUCUCAGAUCUGUCCUCCCCAGCCUGCUUUGCCAGGUCAUUACUCAAAGCGACCUGAGAACAGCUCCUUGUCUAAGAAGCAGCCAAAGCCAGACAAGCCCAUCAUGCUGUUGUGGUUCUGGCCUGAAAACCGCAGGUUUGAUUUUAGCGAUUGUGCCACUUUCUUCAACAUUGAUGGCUGCCACCUGACCGAUGACAGGUCUCUGUACAACAAGGCAGACGGUGUGCUCAUCUUUCACAAAUCCAUCAAACACGAUUUAUCCAAUUUGCCUCCAUCACCUCGACCACCAUUCCAGAAGUGGAUCUGGUAUCAUGUGGAAUCACCUACAAACACAAUUAGGAUACCUGGUCUAGAUAACCUUUUCAACUUGACCUUGAGUUAUAGGGAGGACGCAGACAUCCCUGUUCGUUGGCAUUUGACCGCAAGGAAAGGCCAGGGUGAAGACUUUGUGCUGCCCAAGAAGGAUAAAUUAGUUUGCUGGAUUGUGAGUAACAAUAACCCUGCAACUGGAACAGGGGUACGGUAUAACUAUUACAAAGAACUUGUCAAACAUAUUAAAGUGGAUCUCUUUGGCAGGGCCUUUGCAAAACUAUUGAGAUAUGAGGACUACUACUCAACACUCUCCAGCUGUAAGUUUUACCUCUCCUUUGAGAAUUCAGUCCACAAAGACUACAUCACUGAGAAGCUAAACGGACCACUUGCAGCAGGAACUGUGCCAGUAGUAUUGGGCCCACCGAGACAGAACUAUGAAGACUUUGUCCCAGGAGAUUCCUUCAUCCAUAUUAAUGACUUUCCCAAUGCAAAAGCCCUGGCUAAAUUCCUCCUCAAGUUGGACAAGGAUGAUGAGGCAUAUCUGCGCUACUUUCAAUGGCGUAGAAACUUCUCUGCUCAGCAACAUCUGGUUCAACUGAGUCAAGAGUUCAUCCAAGCUAUUUGUUAUGGAUGUGACCAUGUGGGCAAACAUAAAGAAUAUAGGGUUGUUCACGAUCUUUACAAGUGGUAUUUUGUGUAAUUAGUCACUUAUGAUUAGCUAUUACCAUCCUUCACAUGCCUAUUAUCUUCAAUAUACCAAAAAGGAAUCUUGAUUUAUCCCACAGCACUU